CUGUGCAGCAUCUAUAAUGCAGCUUCCUGACCUGUAGCUUUUUUGCCAUUUGAUCGCUGCAGUGCAGUCAGUAGCUACUGUAAUGCGGAACAAACUGCUGCCGUCUCAGAUCUCAAUACAUUGGUUUCAUGCAGGUCUUAGUGUUACUGACCAUGAACAAGAUGAAGAAGAAGCUGCCUGAGCGGAUCCUGAAUCACAUCCUGGAGAUUCUCUACCUGCUGACAGGAGAGGAAAGAAAACAUCAUAACGACACCACGUUGUAGGUCAGUGUUACUGUGACAAGGUGACUUCCUGUUAUUUGGAGUUCUUGGAGUAUUGGGGCUGAUUCACGUGUGACCAACAAGAUGACGACUGAGAAGAACCAAACCUCAGAGAUCUACAUGGUGACUGGGGAGGAACAAAUGGCGUUUGAUGAAGUUGCAGUUUAUUUCUCGGAGGAGGAGUGGAGCUGUUUAGCUGAAGAACAAAAAGAGCUUUAUAAGGAUGUGAUGAUGGAAAAUUACCAGACCCUCAGCUCUCUAGGAUAUGUUCAUAUGAAACCUUUACUUGUUACAAAGAUUGAGCAUAGAGAGGAGCCGUAUGUGAGCAUUUUUCCAAAUAAGAAAGGUGAAUUCACAAACUGCAGUUAUCCGAGUCAUGGUCCGAGUGCAGAUGCUUCUUUCAUUCUUCUCCAAAAUCAAAAAAGUCACGUAGGAAAUUUAUGUUCUGAAUGUGGGAAAUGUUUCACAGAGAAAUCAUUUCUUUUUGACCAUCUGAAAUCUCAUACAGGAAAUAAAGCAUUUUCAUGUUCUGACUGUGGGAAAUGUUUUACUCGGAAAUCAAAUCUUAUUAUGCAUCAGAAAAUUCACACAGGAGAAAAGACAUUUUCAUGUUCUGACUGUGGGAAAUGUUUUACUCAUAAAUCAAAUCUUAUUAUGCAUCAGAAAAUUCACACAGGAGAAAAGACAUUUUCAUGUUCUGACUGUGGGAAAUGUUUUACUCAUAAAUCAAAUCUUAUUAUGCAUCAGAAAAUUCACACAGGAGAAAAGGCAUUUUCAUGUUCUGACUGUGGGAAAUGUUUUACUCAGAAAUCAAAUCUUAGUGAGCAUCAGAAAAUUCAUAUAGCAGAUAAAGCAUUUUCAUGUUCUGAAUGUGGGAAAUGUUUUAAUCGGAAAUCAUAUCUUAUAAUGCAUCAGAAAAUUCAUACAGGACUAAAGGCAUUUUCAUGUUCUGAAUGUGGGAAGUGUUUUACCUGGAAAUCAGAACUUAUUACGCAUCACAAAAUUCACACUGGAGAAAAAGCAUUUUCAUGUUCUGUCUGUGGGAAAUGUUUUACUCAGAAAUCAUAUCUUUUUAGACAUCACAAAAUUCACACAGGAGAAAAUGCAUUUUCAUGUUCUGAGUGUGGGAAAUGUUUUACUCGGAAAUCAACUCUUAUUAAGCAUCACAAUAUUCACACAGGAGAAAAAGUAUUUACAUGUUCUUACUGUGGGAAAUGUUUUACUCAUAAAUCAAAUCUUAUUGAUCAUAAGAAAAUUCAUGCAGGAGAGAAAGCAUUUUCAUGUUCUGACUGUGGGAAAUGUUUUACUCGGAAAUCAGUUCUUAUUAUGCAUCACAAAAUUCACACAGGAGAAAAAGCAUUUUCAUGUUCUGAAUGUGGAAGAUGUUUUACUCGGAAAGCCUAUCUUAUUAUGCACCACAAAAUACACACAGGAGAAAAGGCAUUUUCAUGCUCUGACUGUGGGAAAUGUUUUACUCGGAAAUCAUAUCUUAUUGAUCAUCAGAAAGUUCAUACAGGACAGAAAGCAUUUUCAUGUUCUGAAUGUGGGAAAUGGUUUGCUCAGAAAUCACAUCUUAUUAAGCAUCACAAAAUUCACACAGGAGAAAAAGCUUUUUCAUGUUCUGAUUGUGACAAAUGUUUUCCUCAGGAAUAACAUCUUAUUACUCAUCAGAAAAUUCACACAGGAGAAAAAGCAUUUUGAUGUUCUUACUGUGGGAAAUGUUUUACUCAGAAAUCAAAUCUUAUUGAUCAUCAAAAAAUUCAUACAGGAGAGAAAGCAUUUCCAUGUUCUGAAUGUGGGAAAUGUUUUACUUGGAAAUCAGAUCUUUUUAUGCAUCACAAAAUACACACAGGAGAAAAGGCAUUUUCUUGUUCUGCCUGUGGGAAAUGUUUUACUCAAAAAUCAGAUCGUAUUACACAUCACAAAAUUCACACAGGAGAAAAGGCAUUUUCAUGUUCUGCCUGUGGGAAAUGUUUUACUUGGAAAUCCUCUCUUAUUUAUCAGAAAAUUCAUACAGGAGAGAAAGCAUUUUCAUGUUUUGACUGAGAACGUUUUAUUCAGAAAUCGCAUCUUAUGGAUCAAAAAAUUCAUACAGGAGAGAAAGCAUUCUUAACCUCGUAUUUCCAAAACUAUCUUACAAAAUCCAUUUGAUAAGGGUGGAUUAAGUCUGCCUAAUGUUAAACUCAAUUAUUAGGCAGCUCUGCUAUCACAUAUUUUUAGUUGGGGUCUUUCAUUUGAGCAGCCCAGAUGGUAUGCCAUAAAGGAAGCUUAUCUCCCUUAUAAUGUUUUGCUUGCAGAUUUAGUGUGGAUUCCGUAACAUUGUGUCCCUUAUCUAUUCCUUAUUAAUAAAAUAGGGAUUGUCUAGAUUUGUUGCAUAGACUUAGACAUUCUAUAAUGGUGGCUCUAACCCUUCUCCAAUACAUGGAAUCAGAGAUCUACUGCAGGGUCUCCCAGAGUCAAACCCUAGAUCUUGGGAGAAUGCUGAUAUAGCUGUAAUGGAAUACUUUUAUAAUGAAACAGACUGGGCCUCAUGAUGAGUUUAUCCAGACUUAUAAUUUUCCUCCAAAGUUGCAUUUUGAAGGAUUGUGAUUUCGUGUUCGCUUACACAGUUGGGGUUUCAUUAAAGAUAAGCCUAGAUUACUUUCUCUCUGGAAGCAAGAUGAAAGGCAGGAGCUCCAAGAUGGAGACCUCUCUCUGUGCACUACCAAUGUUUAUUAGACUGCCCAACUCUACGGAAGACACAUAAUUUGCUUGCUUGGGAAAGAAACCUUGGCUGGGAGAUUGAUAUUAAACAAUAGAGUAUAGCCAUGAAGGGGGGCCAGACCAGCUAUUCAUUGUUUAACUCUUUUUGAGCUGUUCUACAAAAUGUUGACCCAGUGGCUUUGGGUUCCCUAUGGAUUCCAUAUAGUGGCCAGAUCUCAUCCUCCCAUGUGUUGGAGAUCUUGUGGUGUGGUUGGGACUGACAUGCAUAUUUGGUGGGAAUGCCCUGUCAUCUGUGGUGUGAGGUAUUUAAUAGAUUAGGUUUAUCAACUAACCCAAUCAUCAAACUAUGUAUACUUCACUUCAGAUUUUCAUAAACUGUCAAACCUAAGAAAUUCUUAUAUGUGUAUAUGUUACAAUGGCAAUGAAACUGUCUUUAACCAGAUUUUGGAAACAGCAGCCAACCCGACAUUACAGAAAGUGAUUGAUAUUGUAGAUUAUAUUAGAUUUAUGGAAGAAAAGGUAUUUUAAAAUAGGGGAAUCCCAGACUUACACUGUGCCAUUUGGGAACCAUGUAAUUCACUUACCUCUACCCCAGCAUCUUAACUUAUAUUAUCCAUUAUACUCUUUUUUUGCAAGCGGGGGCCUAGAGAGCACAGUCAAAAUAUCCCCUUCCCCUUUUUUUGCCAUGUGACUUUGGGUUACUAAUGUUUUGCUUUCCUUCCCUUCUUCCUUAUAUAUAGAAGCUGAGGACAUCGAAAAAUAAACUUAGAUUUUAUUUAUUGUCUACAUUGAUAUUACGGUUUUCUUUUUUCUAAUGAAGCGCAGGUGUGUGUGCGUGAAACAUGUUAGGUUUAUCUGCUUGUGACCUAUAAUUUUGUUGGCAUGUUCCAAUAAAUAUUUAAUUACUUGA